CUGAUGAAGGACCAAGAAUAUUUUCCUCCUCCUAGCUUCAGGCUAACGCAGCAUCCCUAGAGGCAGGAGAUUGUCCUGAAGGAGAGCUACUCAGACCUUCUCCCUCUUGGUCCAACGUCAAUGAACAGUCCACUGGAACUGGCAUUCGAACAAAAUAUUAUUUAGGCUAUCCACAGAAACUUUUUGGAUUAUAUGGUCUUUUCAUUCUCCCUGUCUGUCUCCCUCUUUUGGUCCAUUUCUAGUCUAAACUUUGGAAAGGAGUGAUGCUGUUUUUCCUUUUUGUUGCCAAGCUGAAAGAACUGAAAAAUAAGAACAUCUGAAUGAUUGUCCGGCACAUUUCUGAUUUCAGCCUCUGAUUUAAGAAGAAAGGAACAAUUUCGAAUGCGGAUGCUGGUUGUCAGUUUUGGGAGGAUGCUCUUUUUAACGAUAAGCCCAUCCCAUUGAACCUUCGAUGAAGCUGGUUCUUCUCCUUUCAGAAAAGCAUUACCUAACCUAAAAGCAUUCUAUUUGCCAAGCACGUUUCUUAUCUGCAUUUUAACUUUCUUGCGUGUUUCUGCCAGUGUGUGUUUGAUUACAAAAACAUCCCUACAUGAAACCCUGCAAACUCAAUAAUAAUAUGGAUUCCGGAUUGGAAGCUGGCAUCCAGUGCCGAAAUGGAACUGCCUGUGCAGCCAAGUGUGGCUCUGAACGCCUGGAAAAUGCUGCCAAGCGGAGGCUAGCUGCAAAUGCCAGGGAGAGGAGACGGAUGCAGGGGCUGAACACAGCCUUUGACCGCCUACGCAAAGUGGUCCCCCAGUGGGGACAAGACAAAAAGCUCUCCAAAUACGAGACCCUCCAGAUGGCCCUCAGUUACAUCAUGGCACUGACAAGGAUCCUUGCUGAAGCCGAGAGGUACAGCACUGAGAAAGACUGGAUUGACUUCCAUUGUGAGCAUUUACACCAGGAGAGCUGCCACCAUGCUUAUACGGGACAGAAAGUAGCUGGGGAAGCUGACCCUUAUGCACAGAGACUUUUCAGCUUCCAGCCUGACCACUACUGAAGUGACAGAACACUGCGAAGGCAGAGACUCUAUCUAUCUAUCUAUCUAUCUAUCUAUCUAUCUAUCUAUCUAU